AUGAAUUGCAAAUUAUUUUUUGCCAAUUAUUUGUCCAAAAGUUUACUUUUCGGUAAUAUUCAUAACAACAACUAUUGGUUAGUUCGCCGAUUAGGUUCACUAAGUGUUGGCCAAUCGGCUCAGUUGUCAAAAGUGUUUACCGAAGCCGAUGUCUGUGAAUUCGGUAAACUGACCGGUGAUUAUAAUCCAAUUCAUUUUGAUUACAAGUAUUGCUCCAAAACUAAGUUUUGUAAACCAGUAGUUCACGGGUCACUUACCAAUGGACUGGUCGGUGCUGUGAUGGGAACACUACUUCCCGGUCCCGGAACUGUUGUCGUCCAACAAACCAUUAAUUACACGAAACCAUUAUAUAUCGGUGAAGAAGUUUGUGCUGAAGUGAUUGUAACGGAUAUCAAGAAAAAGUUCAUCGAUUGUCGCUUCAGUUGUAAAACAAAUGAUGGAAAGACAGUAAUCGAAGGUACGGCAAAACUUAUCAUGUUUUCAUAG